AUGGCCCGAGCGGGAGCCACACUCCCCGGCCGGCCCGCACAGAUGGCCGGGCAUCGAGAGGAGCACAAGCUUGCCUCGCUCCGCGAGUGCGUGCCGGCCAUCCCGGGGCGAGUUCACGCGCUGACGAACCGCCUCCUCAGCGGGCCUGCGAGGAUCGCACAGGGCCGGCGGCAGCAGGAAGGGAUCAUCCACACCCGAGGCUCCCGGCCCCAGCAGACCCCGGGCACCUUCCCGAUCGCGAGCGCCCCAGAGGGCCAACGGCGCCGGGGAGAGCCAAGAAACCGUGAUCCUUUACCCCGCACGGCCCGGCGGGCGCACUGCCUUGUCCACAACCCCCUCCAAAGAUACCUUGAUGCAGCAGCCCGGAAAACGCCCCGCAAGGCCGGAGCGGCCGCGCAUGAAUGA